UGUGGCGUUGAGUUGAGCGUCGCGUUGUAAAUAUUUUGUUUGUGUAAUCUCAUCCGCGCCUAAUUUUCACUUCUAAUAAGUUAUGUCUAUAAACUAUAUUUAGUAACUGACUAUAUACAUAUUUAUCACGAUGCCGAAACCAACCUGUGUUCAAUGCAGCAGCAACGACUCCCUGCUGUGGCGCUCGGCCGAAAAUGGACAGAUUUGUAACGAGUGUCAUCUUUCUAACACAGCUAGCAAAGAAGGUAAGCCUGAAUCGAACAUCAUUCCGGACCCCGAUGAGAAGAAAGACGACAGAGAUGAUGCAGACAGCAAGAACGGGAAAAGUGAGGGAGAAAGUACACCUGCAAAAGCCACUGGAAAGGGAACUAGAAAAAGCACACGAUCAACGCGGUACAAAGCUAAGACACCCGCGCCGACGCCAUCAUCGAAAGGUCCCGCAGCGCGCGGCCGCGGGCGACGCAGUAUAUUCAAACGACAACCACUGAAAGCACCGACAGCCACUCCGACUGUGGUGACGAGCGACUCCAUUUUCUACAAAGGCAACUACAUGCAGGUGGGCGACAUCGUGUCCAUGACAGAUGUGGAGGGCGGCAUAUACUACGCCCAGAUCCGCGGCUUCAUGACUGACCAGUACUGUGAGAAGAGUGCUGUGGUCACCUGGCUACUGCCCACCAAGGCCAGCCCACCUCCUGAACAAUGCUUUGACCCUGCUACAUACAUCAUUGGCCCUGAGGAGGACCUGCCGCGCAAGCUAGAUGUGAUGGAGUUUGUGAUGCACGCUCCGUCCGACUACUACAAGGCCAACACCUGCCCAUACCCACUCAUAGACACCGAGGUCAACAACUACAGCGGGUACAUAUGGACUUCACUCGAGCCCAAGGAGAGGACACAGACUAAUACUAAUACUGUUACCAAUACUUCAUAGCAGUUAUCUAUUGUAUCACUUCUUAGUUAUUAAGCACCUAGUAAUUCUGUUAUAUCAUUUUGUUUAAUUCUGUAAAUGUCUAAACAUUAAACAAAUAUAU